AUGAAGGGUUUUGCUCUCGCUGCCACCGCCGCUGCCGCCUUUGCGCCUACUGCUUUCGCGCAGUGGGCCGAGGCCGUCGGCAAGUCGAUCAACUUCACGUCUGUGCCUGGCUACUUCCAGCAGGAUGACCUGGCGACCAAUCCCACGGGCUUCGACUAUGCCACGACCAACUUUGGCCUCAUCGAUCGCGAGUACCCCACCGACAAGCACUUUGACCCCAAGGGCGAGAAGAGCCAGUGGCAGCGCUUCGAGGCCUGGCUCAGCUACCUGAACUCGGGCUGCCACAAGGACGGCAGCGUCACCUACAAGAUCCUCUUCAUGGGCCGCCACGGCGAGGGCUGGCACAACGCCGCCGAGUCCUUCUACGGUACUCCGGCCUGGAACUGCUACUGGGCUGAGCAGCAGGGCAACGGCACGGCCGCCCUCAAGGCCAACAACUACUUCCGCGACCGCAUCGCCACCCAGAAGAUGCCCUACUUCGAGUCGUACUACGCGAGCCCCCUCGCCCGCUGCGGCCAGACGGCCAACUUCACCUUUGCCGGCCUCAACCAGCCCGCCGACCGCCCCUUCGUGCCCCUCGUCAAGGAGGGCUUCCGCGAGGGCAUGACGGUGCACACGUGCAACUGGCGCGCCAACAAGACGUCCAUCGCCACCGAGUUUCCCUUUUUCGAGUUCGAGGCCGGCUUCACCGAGUUUGACGAGCUCUGGCGCGAGGAUGAGAACGAGACCAACGCUGCCAAGGACGCCCGCGCCCGCGCCGUCCUCGACGACGUCUUCCGCGCCGACGACAAGACGUGGCUCAGCAUCACGAGCCACUCGGGCCAGAUCACGAGCCUGCUCAAGGGCCUCAACCACCGCCCCUUCCGCCUCGCCACGGGCCAGAUCAUCCCCGUCCUCGUCAAGGCCGAGGCCGUUUCGCUACAGCCCACGGCCACGUUCCUCGCCCACGAGCCCUCAGCUACCUGCGAUGCGCCGCCUGUGACGAGCCUUGCCGACAAGGGAUGCGUGUGCGCCACGUCUACGUCGGCGGCGCUACCGGAGCCUACGGAGACUGACGAGUGCUCUGUGUGA